UCUCGUUAUGUAAGCUUUUUACCAGUUUCUCUCCAUACCCAUUUUACCAGCUUCUCCAUAUCCUCUCUCUCUCUCUAUGGAUUCUGACAUAAUGAACAUGAUGAUGCAUCAGAUGGAGAAGCUUCCUCAUGAGUUCUGUAACCCUAAUAAUUCAUCUUUCUUCUCUCCCGACCAUAACAACAACAACACUUACCCUUUUCUCUUCAACUCAAGCCAUCACCACUCUGAUCACUCAUUGACCAACGAACCAGGUUUCCGGUACGGUUCCGCAGGUUUACUUACUAACCCUUCUUCUCUCUCUCCCAACACAGCCUACUCUUCCGUUUUGCUCGACAAAAGAAACAACAGUAACAACAAUAAUAACAGCGCGAACAUGGCGGCUAUGAGAGAGAUGAUCUUUCGCAUCGCCGUGAUGCAACCUAUACAUAUAGAUCCCGAGGCGGUUAAGCCACCUAAGAGGAGGAACGUUAGGAUCUCGAAAGAUCCACAGAGCGUGGCGGCUCGGCACAGGAGGGAGAGGAUAAGCGAGAGGAUUCGGAUUUUGCAAAGGCUUGUUCCCGGUGGGACGAAGAUGGAUACAGCUUCGAUGCUCGACGAAGCUAUUCAUUAUGUAAAGUUUUUAAAGAAACAGGUGCAGUCGCUGGAGGAGCAGGCAGUGGUUGGUGGCGGCGGCGGAGGAGGAGGAGGACCAGGAAGAGUUUUGAUCGGUGCCGGUGGAAUGACGGCGGCUAGUGGUGGUGGCGGCGGAGGAGGAGUGGUUAUGAAAGGGUGUGGGGCAAUGGGGACUCAUCAGAUGGUGGGUAAUGCACAGAUUCUUAGAUGAUGAUUAUCAUUUUAUUAU